UGUUAUAGUAACCAUGCCCACAUAGAUGACAGACACACUGAAGAAUUGUGCAAAAGCUUUCAUAGAAGCUAUACCUAAAAUAGAAUCUCACUACUUGAGAGCUAAUUCAAAAAGAAAAUACAUUGAUGGAAGCAAAACUAUUUCCGACAUUCACAGAGACUAUGUAGAUCAAUGCAAGGCUAAUAAUGUGGUUUCGUUAAUUAUAUAAUGUUUUAUCGAAUAUUUACAAAAGAAUUCAAUAUUUCUUUCUUUGUCCCUAAAAAAGACACUUGUGAAUUUUGUGAGGCUUAUAAAAAUUGUACGGAUGAAGAAAAGGAAUUGAAAAAAAGAAAGUUACUUAAAUCACCAUCAAGAAAAACUUUUAUCUCGAAAUGAGAAAGAAAAAGACAAGAAUAAUGAUGACAUAGUGGUUGCCGUGUAUGACUUACGGGCAGUAUUUCAAUGUCCGAAAGGAGAAAUUUCUGUAUUUUAUUAUAACUCGAAACUGAAUGUACUGAAUCUGACAAUUUACGAUGUAAAAACCCACUGUGUUGAAAGUUAUGUCUAGGACGAGUCACAGGCUCAUAGAGGUUCUAACGAGUUUGCCACAUGCGUUUUUAAAUAUAUAAAAUUAUAUUUCAGACGGUGGCAAACCAGUUGACGUUGUUUUUUACUCUGAAAAUCAUGCUGGACAGCAGAAGAAUAAGUUCAUGUUGGCUAUGUAUCUUUAUUCUGUGCAGAACUAUCCAAAUAUAAAGUCCAUCAUUCAUAAAUUUCUCAUCAAGGGGCAUACCCAAAACGAAGGGGACUCUGUUCACUCUCAGACUGAACGGCAAGUGAAAAGACAGUUGAGAUCUGGACCUAUAUAUAUCCCUGAAUGUUUGCCGGUUCACGUCAACGAAAUCUGUUAUACCGAAAUUGGUGAUUGGAAAGCUGUAACGAGUAAAUUAAAUUUAGUGCUUCAAAAGGAUGAAGAUAAAAAUGCCAUUAACCCGCCAUUGGUGACGUAUAUGUCGCCCGCCGUCUAUUCGGGUUGCGAUUUCGAGUAGCUGCCUCAUUUUAAGUCCUAAACAUUCAGUGCCGCUCGUGGCUUCGCGGCGAACGCACGUUCCGGAGUUUUAUUGCCAACCCGGUCCGUGAGACCGUCGUCACCAAACAAGUAAAGCCCUUCUCUCAUUACGAUACCCCCGCGCGACUCUAGUCUCGGAGACUAAGCCAUGACUAGUCGCCGCAAAGUAUCUCACAUACAUUCAUAUGGAGAUUCGCACACUACGAUACUGGUAUUCUACGCGUUCGCUACUAGUCUCGCGAUACCCGCCGUGUUGGUCGGUUGUGCGUCGCGUCGCGCGCGGUUUGACAAGAUGGCGGCGGAGCAAGAAACAAAUAUUAAUUUUGUACAAGAAAUUGAAAAACAUGCCUGUUUAUAUAACUACAAUUUACCUGACUACAUGCGGAAAAAUACAAUAGACAAGACUUGGGCAGAAAUUGGGAACAAAUUUCAAAUAACAGCCAUCAUCCCAAAAGCAACACUCAACCAAUCUCGCAACAGCAAUCAUCUCUUCCGUCUACUAGUACAAGCACUCAACCAAUCUCGCAACAGCAACCAUCUCUUCCGUCUACUAGUACAAGCACUCAACCAAUCUCGCAACAGCAAUUACCACCACCACGGACCACAAAAAACGGAAGAAGCUGGAAGAAACUGAAGCCGAGAAAAACAUUUCAGCUUAUUUUAAAUUGAAACGAUCUAAAAUUCAAGAUAACUGUGACAGUGCUGAAAAUUCAAACAAAAUGUUUUUACUGAGUUUACUAUCGGACGUGAACAAAAUGACUGAUAGU